AUGGACACUGCACUCACUGCCGCCAGCCGUCUCUCUCUUCGAAAUUCCACAAGUAGCAUUCCCUGUAUUGGGUUUGGCAGCUACAAAAUCCGCGGUGAGACGUGCGCAGCCGCCGUGCUUGCAGCACUUUCCGUAGGGUACAGACACAUCGACUCAGCUGCCCUGUACCGAAACGAAGUGCGUGUCCGUGAAGCAAUUGAGAAAUCCGGUGUGGCUCGCGAAGACCUGUUUCUUACUACCAAGGUUGGAAGCCCGAGAAGGAAGGCGGAAAGAACUGAGGCCUACGAAGACGUUAUCGAAGCAGUGGAGCGUAUUGCUGGAAAGGAUGGCUACGUUGACUUGUUACUGAUGCAUAUCCCUGGACCAUCGCGAGAACAUCGACAAAGCUUGUGGGAGGCUAUGGAGAGGGUGAAAAGAGAGGCAAGAGCAAGAAAUAUCGGCGUUAGUAAUUUUCGAGUACGACAUCUUGAUGAAAUGAAGGAAUAUGCUGCUGAGUGGCCUCCGAGUGUGAAUCAAAUCGAGCUUCAUCCAUGGUGUCAACAAAAAGAAGUCGUAAAAUACUGUCAAGACAAUGAUAUCAUCAUCGAGGCAUAUAGCCCGCUUGCUACUGGCGCUCGACUGGAGGAUUCAGUAGUUGAAGGUAUCUCAACAAAGCAUGAUAAGUCGCAUGCGCAGGUUCUUAUCCGCUAUUCACUACAAAAGGGCUGGGUACCUUUGCCCAAGAGCUCAAGGCCGGAUCGUAUUUUCGAGAACUUCAAUGUCUUUGAUUUUGUCUUGGAUCAAGAUGAUAUGGAAACAUUGGACAACUUGGAUAAGGGGCCUGCAGGUGCUAUAUUCAAAAUGAAUGUUAAAUAG